AUGGGUGGCAAGAGAGGAGGGUCUAAAGGUGGCGCCAAUAAGCAGCAAGCUGGCGCUGUGGAUACCGGGGACGAUCCUACGUCCUCACAAUAUAGAGUUAACGCUUGUAUAGUAUUAGCCGAGAACUUCGAUGAGGCCUGUCAAACUAAUACAAUAUUCGGUGAAGGACCCGAGGUGGAUAGGAUAGCGG